CGAUGAUCAGCUUGUAGGCGAGGGUUCCGACUCCAACCGCCCCCGCAUUAAUAGAAAUGGACACCAUCUUGCCUUGAAACGUAGAUACGGUAUUGGAAUACAUCGAAUGGGUCAUCUAACCCGUUGAGUGCGUAUCUUGGUCAAUGGCGCUGUCAUACAAAAUAGAAUGUGCUCCGGUGUCAUUCGACGAGAGCUUUCAAGCAUUCUUCGAAAACUUCUAUCGGAUAUCAGACGACCCUACUGCGAACAACGAGUAUGUUAAGCAGUUCACGGAGAACGCUACUUUGAUCAUGGCAUCGAAGAGGCUCACUGGAAGCUCAGAGAUCCAGACCUUCAGACAGGGAAUGUGGGAGAAGAUAGGUUCGCGGCACCAUAAAGCGGCAAAACUUUUCCCGUACGGGUCCAAUGCAUCGGAGGCGAUGCUAUAUGGCACGGUUGAUUACGUGCUGAAGGACGGGCAAGAGAUCAACGGCGUUGAAUGGGCCGCUCGAGCGCACCUGGUCAAGGAAGGGGAUGCGGUGAAAAUGGACUUCUAUCAGGUUUAUUUGGAUUCGGCGGCCCAAAAGCCUCCAAAGUAAUCGGAUGCCUCUCGCAAGUGUCUAGCAUCGCAUACUGUACAUAUUCUCGUCGACUAGAGCGUGGAGAAUAAUCAAGACAUCUGCCACGGAGUAUUAAUCUGCUUGCGCCGAACAAAUGGUGCCACGCCCAACACACCCGCCCACAAUCCCGCCACAGUAAUCAGCAUCUGGAUCUUAUCAAACCCUCCCCCAAGCAUAUCGAACGUCCCACUCGGCGCCGUAACCGUUCCAAACAGAUCCAAUCCCCACGCG